UUGACGUCAUCACGCAGCGACGAGGUGUUUGUCCCGUCCUUCACUUUUCUCAGUCCAGCAGAAGUAUUUUUUUCCAUCUUAGUUGUUGUAUUACGCGGGUUCUUCUUUUUUUGUGGAGUGACAGGUGCAAACAGCAGUGGUGGUCGGAACGAAAACACACUCUGGGAGGUUUUAAGCUUUCUUUCGAGUCAAGUAGCAAUGACAGCUCCAAAUUCAUCACAGAGGAAGGCCUGCUGGGAUGCCAGGGACCAGUUGUGGAAAUGUCUGAAUGACAAUGAUGACAAAGCUGCGUCCUGCCAGAACUUCCAGAGCGAAUUUGAGGCUAAAUGCCCCUCUCAGUGGGUGAAAUAUUUCAUCAAGAGGAGAAACUAUUUGAAAUACAAGGAGAAGAUGCAGACUGAAGGCUUCACAUCCACUGAAGGUCCCCAGCAGCCCUCUUAACAUUACUGGACAGCAGACAGUGAAAUCUGCAUACUGACUUUUAAGCCUAUUCAGACCAGGGCCCUGAGGUGCAGGACUUGGAGGAAGAUUUUCUAAGUUUAUGGUGGACAGAGUCUGUAUUUCCUCUUAUUUAUUUAUACUGAUUGAAAGCAGUACUAGAACACCAUACAGUACAUGUUAGCAAUUCAAAAUGGCAACACAAGGGACCUGUUUGAAAAUUCUUUGAAGUUUCAUUUUCAGAAAUACUUCCACAUGGCCUCAAGCUCAUGUGUACUGUAUCAACCCAGAUGGUCUGAGAUAUUUUAUGACAAAGGAAAUCAAAAAAGAAAAGUGAUUAAAAAGAUCUUUUAUUUGUAAAUCCAAAUUUCUUAGUUAGCUGGAUUUCACUGGAAUUGGAUGUAAUGUUGUUACUGUGCUUAAACUCUUAUCUUGUUAAUAAUUUAAAUGAGAAGUAUAUAUACUUUUAAUUUUAAUGUUAGAAUACAUAUGAUCAGUUGUGCAGCCUAUACAAAUACCCAGUACAGUACUGACCCACUGGGUCCAGCCCAUGUGUCCUCACUCAUCCUAAAACUGUAAACAAUAAAUUUAAAAAAAAGAGUUUUAUGUUUUUGUUGGCUGUUGAAUUUUCACCUCCUCCCUAUUUCUGUGAGCAGUCAUUGUACUGUAUGCUCAGAACAGAAUGGUGGUGUUCAUUACUAAUCAAAAGUUUGGACACACUUUUCCAUUCAAUUCAUCGAGAAGAUGUCUCCAAACUUUUGACUAAUAGUGUACCUCCACGUGGAGUUUGGGGGAUCUAAGAGUUUGUGUUAAAUGAGGUUUUGUGAAUUCAAACUAGCCUAGUUUGAUCCAUCAUCAGCUUUACUGCAACUUCCUUCAGUUCCUGCUUGUUUGUGGGUCUUUCUGCCUUCAGUCAGUGAAAAGCAUGCUCUUGGGUUGAGUUUGGGUGAAUUUGCCUUAAGAAACUCUUGGGAAGCUUUUACUGUACGUCUUGGGUCAUUAUUGUUAUCUGCAAUAUGAAUCGAUGGCCUAUCAGUUUUUCAGCAUCUGGCUGAAUCUGAGCCGAGUAUAGCCGUAUCAUCUUCAUAAUUCAUCUUUACAUUUAUCAGCAGUCAGGUCAUCAAUAAACACCAAUGACCCAAUUCCAUUGGCAGCCACACAUGCCAUACUACUGCUUCCAUGUUUGACAGAUAAUGUGAUAUACUUUGGAUCAUGAGCUGUUCCCUCCCUUUUUCAUAAUUUUCUCUUCCUAUCAUUCUGGUAGAAGUUAAUCUUGGUUUCAUAAGUCCAAAGAAUCUUAUUCCAGAACUGGGCAGGCAUUUUAGGUGUCUUCUGUUAAAGUCUAAUCUGCCAUUUCUGUUCUUGAGUAUUACCAGUGGUUUGCACCUUGUUGUGACGCCUCUGUAUUUACAUUCAUAAAGCUGUCUCUUGACUGUAGACUUUGACAAUGGCAUGCCUACAUCCUCAAGAGUGGGUGUUAAUGCCACUCCUUUGUCAAACUCCUUGAAUUAAAGCUGAAAGUCUUGACUUU